ACGACUCGCACGCUUUGUUUUGUUUUGUCAUUUCUAACCCUUAGUUUAGAUACUUAUUAUUGUUUGAAAAAAUACAUUGUAAAAUGAGCCACAUUAUUGUCGUACGACCUUAUAAACCAGAAGAUGAAUAUGAUUGUCACGAUUUAAUAAAGAGUGGAAUUCUAUCUUCCAAGAAUUGUGCCUUUGUUAGGAAUAUAUUUAAAGAGAUUACUUUCCAAAUAACAAUUUUGCUAGCAGCAAUUACAUUUAUAUUUUUUGGAAUGCCUUUCACCAUUUGCCUGUUAGUCAUACCAGUUGUAAUAAUAAUGACUUAUAUAGUAACAUAUUUAUCAUUCACUGCCAAGGUGAUUGAGGUUGAUCAAGAAGUGACAAAUAUUUCAAAAAUCUACAUGUCAAAUGCAUUUUCUUGUUUUUGGGUGGCUGAAGCAUUUGAACCUUCCAUGAGUUCUAGUAGUCCUGCAGACUUUCAUUAUCAAGUAAUGAAUGAAAAGGAAUUUAAGGAAUCUAAUAUUGAUGUGUCUUUACAAAAUAAAAAGAUUGUUGGAGCUGUUGGAUUAUUGAAGAGUCACAAUCUUGACAAAGGAGCUUGGAUCAAACGUUUAUGUGUUCAUCAAAGUUAUCGUCGCAAAGGUAUAGCCUCUUGUCUAUUAAAGGUAGCCAUUGAUUUUGCAGUUAAGCAGGGUUACAGUUGUGCAAACAUUGUUGCCUCUGAGUACACUGAAGCUGGUAGGGAACUGUGUCUUAAAAAAGGAUUUGAACUUAAGCAAAUGUAUCAUAAGCCAAUUUUGGGAUCAAUAAUUACAGUCUUAAUGUAUGAGCUUACAUAUCAAAUCAAACCUGGUAAUGAUAACUAUUUUAGCUUGCCUAAGAAUCUAUUUUCAAUCAGACAGCUUUCUGGUAACAUUUAAAAAUAAA